UAUAAGUGAGCACAGUGAUUACUUUGCCCAAAGCUUAAACAAUCUUUUGCCUUUGUCAGUGUCUAAAGAAUGUUUAGACACUGGAUAUACAACAGAUGAACUGGUAAAACAGGAGGCUAUUUUAAAUUGUAAUGACCAGAAAUGGUCAUCUUUUCUUUGUAUUUUGGGCCUAUCUUCUGUUUUAGGUAGAAAAAUUCAUACUUUUAUCCUGAUUCUGGUGAAAGUAGAUAUAAAUUGUUAUUUAAUCGUAUUGUUCAGCCCCGGUUAUUAAGCCAAAGAGGUUUGGAUGCUAUUAAUAUUUUGUUUUGUCAUGAAGGAUCUGUACAACCAGGUGAGACUUUUCAGUCUAAUCAUUUUGUGCCUCUCAUUUUCCAUGCCCACAGGUUGAAGCGAAAAUUGUCUAAUUCCUGUACACAGUCUAAUUCUAGCAGCUCAACAACAGAGAAACGAAAAUUUGUCAAAAUUUUUCCAAAUAUUGCACCAAAAAACAGUUGACAUUUCAAAUUUUUUUUACUUCAACUAAUAGGCCUGCUGCCCAACCAACUUUUAAAAGGAUGCCCAAUGAGAGUUUUUCUUCUGCUGCAGCUCUUGCUCAGACAUUAAAUAAAGCCAAUAGUCUUUUGCUUCACACAUCAUCCCAGGAACUAUUGCCUGGUAUUCCAACUUCUGGUGAUAUGCAACCUGCUGUUUUAACCCAUAAUUUUGAUGUUUCCUUGUAUAGGGAGAAAGUUAAGGGUAUGGAUAAUUCUGAAAUAUGUCAUUUGAUAAAAAAUGUAUAUAAACCAGAUAAAAAGUAUCAUUUUCCUAAAUCUAAUGGCAGAUCAUUUAGGCAUGAUUGGCUAGACCAGCAUGAAUGGCUUUGCUAUUCACCUUCACAAAAUGGUACUCUGCAGCCUAUCGAGAUGAUCAUGGAUGCUGGUAUCAAGAAAGAAAUAGAACAGAAUAGGGAAAUACUAUCUCCAAUUAUUGAUUCUGUCAUUUUUUGUGGACGUCUAGGUUUACCUCUUCGUGGGCAUCGUGAUGAUUCCAAGUAUCACCCUACUGUUGGUUGUUAUUCAUCUGGAGGGGUUGGUAAUUUCAUUGAAACACUCAAUUAUGGAGUUAGGAGAGGGGAUAAAGUUUUAGAAAAUCAUUUAAAGAAUUGUGGUAAGAAUAGAAGUUAUAUUUCUAAAACAAGUCAAAAUAAAAUCAUUAAAUGUUGUGGCCAGGUAAUCAGUAAUCAGAUUAUUUCUGAUAUCAAAAAGGGGCAAGGUUAUGAUGGGGCUGGUUCAGUUGCUGGUUGCACUAAUGGUCUAGCAGCUCAAAUUUUAAAGCUUAACCCAAAGGCUCUUUAUACACACUGCUAUAGUCAUAGGUUAAACUUAUCCAUUUGCGAUUCUUUGAGUAUACGUGUUGUCAAUGAUAUGUUGAAACAUGUUAACAAUGCCACUAAUUUUAUUAAAAUUUCCCAAACUCGCAAUAUUCCCUUUGAAAAACAUAUACGUAAUUCAGAAACAAACUCGAAGAAGACUAGAUUAACAGACGUUUGCAAAACUAGAUGGGUAGAACGUAUCGAAGGUUUAGAUACAUUCCAAGAGCUUUUUGUACCUGUAUACACCACCCUUAACGAUAUGUCUGAAAAUCUAGAUGGUGAGUUCAAACCGUUGCUUCAGUCUGAUGCCUCAUUUUUGUUUCAACUUAUCGACAGGUUUGAUUUCGUCGUUGCUUUAGUUAUCACGAGAAAUAUUCUUGAUUCAACUCUUCCAGUAACACAGUUAUUACAGGGUAAGAGUAUCGAUAUAAUGGAUGGUAUUCAUUUAAUUUCAACUUUGAAAACUGAGGUGGUGAACAUGAGGAAUUCCUCUGAUUUUUAUCAUGACACCUGGUAUGACGAAGCGCUUGAACUGGCAGCAAAAGUUGGCAUUGAAGAAUGGAAACCAAGAACAGUGCGCAAACAAACGACCAGGGAAAAUAUUCCCCACACAACCAUUUCUGAGUAUUAUAAACGUGCAAUUACUCUUCCUCUACUAGAUCAUUUGCAAUCUUCUUUAGAAUCACGAUUCGACCUUGAGAGUGUGAAUGUCUAUAAAGGCCUUAGCAUUGUACCGACGAAAAUGAUGUCCAUGACAAGAGAUGGGGUGGAUUGGAAAGAGCCAUUCAAAACUGUGGCUAACUUUUAUUAUGAUGAUUUGCCAAAUCCUUUGGCCUUAGAUGCUGAACUUAGGUUGUGGUACACUUAUUGGGAGACCCACUGCGGCCUCCUUCCUGAUAACAUUGCCCAGACUUUAAAAUCUGUUCAUUUCGCCGGAUUUGAAAACAUUAAAAUUUUACUACGUAUUUUAGGAACGCUCCCCAUUACCUCUUGUGAAUGUGAACGAUCUAUUUCUUCCCUUAGGACACUUAAAAACUAUCAGCGAAGUACCAUGGUUGGGGAACGCUUAAAUGGUUUGGCCUUGAUGCAAAUUGAUCAGGAAAUUGUACCAGAUAUUAGUGAGGUUAUUAAUACUUUUGCUGUUGGAAAUACAAGGCUAAAAUUUGCAUGA